AUGGCGCUUCGUUUCCAGUUCAGUAUGGGUUCGUUGGCGCUCCUCACGAUAAUGAUUGCGCAUAUGUAUGGCCAGGAGGCUGGAGAGCUUAUACCCAUUAUGGGGGAUGCGCAUGUUUAUUCCGAUCAUGCGGAUACGUUGAAGGGGCAGUUCGAGAGGGACCCUAAGGAGUUCCAUACUCUCAUGAUUAAUAGGCAAGUGGAUGAUAUUGAUGACUCCAAAUUCGAGUGCUUUGAGCUCCUAGGGUAUGAUCCACGUCCUAGUAACCAAAUGAAUAUGUCUGUAUGA